ACUAUAUCAUGCCAAUGAACCCAUGCCUCCACCAUUACCAAUUAUCAACACAGAGAAAUUGAAGGGAGAAGAUGACGCUAGUAUCAUCCACCGAUCUUAAUUCCAACGACGACGACGAUUUCUACUUCGCACUCUUAGCACUCUUCGCUCAAAACCCAGAAGAAGAUGACGAGAUUUCCCACGUCCAAGACGACAGGUACAUCGAGGAGCUGCAAUUGCAGGAGGCUCUAAUGUCCACCACUCACAUGAAAAACCCAGAUUCCAUUUCCUCCUCAACGGUACCUCAGCCGCAGCCACGGCCGAAGGAUUUCACCCAUGAAACCGGCCAAUCCUCCCAAAGCUUCUGCGAGAUUUGCCUAGAACGGAAAGAACCCAAUGAAAUGUUCACCGUUGGGGGUUGCGCCCACUCGUUCUGUACGGAAUGCAUCAGCAUGCAUGUUAAGACGAGGCUGGAAGAGGGAGUAACCGUCAUCAAGUGCCCGGCGGUGAGUUGCAGAGCUGUGCUGGAGCUUGACGCGUGCCGGCCCGUGCUCCCAAAGGGGGUGCUUGAUCUCUGGGAGAAGACUUUAUGCGUGAAGCUUAUUGAGGAAAAGGAUAGGCUUUACUGUCCGUUCAGGGACUGCUCCGCUGUGCUGUUGAAUGAUACCGGCGGAGAAGUUAUCAUGGAAUCGGAGUGCCCAUUCUGCCAUAGGUUGUUCUGCGCACAGUGCAAAGUUCCAUGGCAUCAGGGUAUGGAUUGUAAGGAGUUCCAGAGGCUGAAUGAGGAUGAAAGAGGCAGGGAAGAUUUGACGUUGAGGUCACUUGCUAAGGAGAAGAAAUGGGGGAGGUGUCCUCGCUGCAAGUACUACGUGGAAAGAACAGAAGGCUGCCCCCAUAUAACUUGCAGGUGUGGGUUUCAGUUCUGCUAUUUAUGUGGUGCAGAGUGGACAGAAGACCAUGGUGGCUGCCAGGGAGAGUAGGAGAAUCGAGGAAGCAUGAGAAGAGGGUAACAUAUGCAGUGACCAGUGUACUACAUGUUUUACUUCAUUUAGUAUGGCGUUGUUUUCUGUUGUCUUUGUAGGGAACUAUAUGCAUCAAAAACAAAUGGCAUGGGCAUAC